AUGUUGCGCGUCAUCAAUAAAGCUGGUGUGGUGCGCAGAGCACCAGCAAUUCUUACGGCUGGAGCACGAAGCUUGCAUGCGUCUACCACCCGAAAGGAAGAAGUCGAAGUGUUCAUUGACGGAAAAUCCGUCAUGAUUGAACAAGGUUCCGCCUUGAUUCAAGCUUGCGAAAAAGCCGGCGUGGACAUUCCUCGUUUCUGUUAUCAUGAGCGUCUUUCGGUGGCUGGUAAUUGCCGUAUGUGUCUUGUCGAAGUCGAACGAGCACCUAAACCGGUGGCUUCAUGUGCGUAUCCUGUGAUGCCUGGCAUGAAGGUCAAGACGAACUCGCCCAUGGUUCACAAAGCCCGUGAAGGUGUGAUGGAAUUUUUGUUGUACAACCAUCCCUUGGAUUGCCCUAUUUGCGAUCAGGGUGGUGAGUGCGAUCUUCAAGAUCAGAGCAUGCGUUACGGUAGCGAUCGUGGUCGCUUCUUUGAACCUCGUGGCAAGCGUGCCGUCGAAGAUAAAAACUUUGGUCCCUUGAUCAAGACGGAAAUGACCCGUUGUAUCCAGUGUACCCGUUGUGUUCGUUUCGCCAACGAAGUGGCCGGUGCUCCCGAAUUGGGUACCAGCGGUCGAGGCAAUGAUAUGCAGAUUAGCACCUACAUCGAAAAGACCAUUGAAAGUGAAAUGUCCGGUAACGUCAUUGAUUUGUGCCCUGUCGGUGCCUUGACCUCCAAGCCGUACCAAAUGACGUCGCGUCCUUGGGAAUUGAAAAAAUAUGAAACGAUCGAUGUUUCCGAUGCCGUUGGCAGCAACAUCCGUUUGGACACACGUGGUGUUGAAGUGAUGCGUAUUCUUCCCCGAGUGAAUGAUGAAGUCAACGAAGAAUGGAUUUCCGAUAAGACCCGGUUCUUCUAUGAUGGUUUGAAGGUGCAACGUCUUACUACCCCUCUUGUCCGAGAUGGCGAUCGAUUCGUUCCUGCUACCUGGGAAAAUGCUCUUCAACGUGUGGCCACUGAAUUGAACAAGGUCGAAGGCAACAGCGCCAAGGCGGUGGCCGGUCACUUGGCCGACGCUGAAUCGAUGGUCGCUCUGAAGGAUUUGUUUAACCGUCUUGGUUCCGAGAACUUGACGAUUGAUGCCCCCAAUGGUAACAAGCCAUUGGCUGUGAACGCCGAUUUCCGAUCCAACUAUACCUUGAACUCGACCCUUGCAGGUGCCGAAGAAGCCGAUGUCGUCCUUUUGAUCGGUUCCAACCCUCGUCACGAAGCCCCUAUUCUUAACACUCGAUUCCGCAAAUCGUACCUUCACAACGGUCAGGACUUUGGUGUGAUUGGUGAACCCGUGGAUCUCACCUACGACUAUGCCCACAUUGGUCAAGAUGCCAAGGCUUUGGAUGCCCUUUUGGACGGUUCGCAUCCCUUCGCCAAGCGAUUGGCCGAAGCCAAGAAGCCAUUGAUCCUUGUCGGUUCCGGUGUGAUUGAAAAUGCAAAGGACAGCGAAUACAUCCUUUCCAAGGUCGCCGAAUUGGCCGAAAAGCACAAGGACACCGUCUUCCAGGAAGAAUGGACCGGUUACAAUGUCUUGCAAAGAGCUGCUGGUCGUACCGCUGCUUAUGAAGUGGGUUUCGUGCCUAGCUCUGAAAACGCAAGUGCUACACCUGCCAAGUUCUUGUACUUGUUGAAUGCGGAUGAAGUGACGGCGGCGGAGAUCCCCAAGGAUGCGUUUGUUGUGUACCAAGGUCACCAUGGUGAUGUUGGUGCCCAGUUUGCGGAUGUGAUCCUUCCUGGUUCGGCUUUCACGGAAAAGAAUGCCACGUUUGUCAACACUGAAGGUCGUACGCAGAUCACCCGUGCCGGUGUCAAUCCUCCUGCUGCUGCUCGUGAAGAUUGGCAAAUCAUUCGUGCUUUAUCAGAAGUGGCUGGCCAGACCUUACCUUACGAUGACCUUGCUUCGGUUCGUGCACGUUUAUCCGAGAUCAGUCCUGCACUUACCCGAUACGAUGUGAUUGAGAAGCCAUCCGUGGCCCAGCUCGGUCUCUCAUCGCUCAAGAAGUCCAAUGUCAGCAGCUCUGGUGAAGCACUGACUUCAGUGAUCAAGAACUUUUACCAGACCGAUGUCAUUUCUCGCGCCUCCAGCACCAUGGCUAAAUGCUCCAAAGUAUGGGUACAAGGAAAGGAAGUCGACGAUGAAUUAGAAAGAGCGGCUGCUUAA